AUGCCAUUUCGGCCCAGCUGCAUCAUCUGCUGCUCCGACUGCGACAGCGACGGCCUCUUCACAAGCUGCCAGCACUUUCUUUGCGGCCGCUGCACUGCCCGCUACGCGCCCGGCCAGUGUCCGCGCUGCCGCAAGCCGUGCAAGGUCGUCAAGGCGGGCGCCGCGCUCCCGAAGGAGGUGCGCGAGCGCAUGACACAGGACCCGCAGCGGCUACUGACAUUCACGCUGCAGGCGCUUGAGUUCCAGCGCCGACAAGAGCAGCAGACACUGCAGCGCCUGCGCGAGAUUGUGACGACGCUGAACCAGAGCAACCGCGGCAUGGCCGCGCAGAUCAGCGCGGC